AAAUUACGACGCGAGUGGAAUGGACACCGUCAUAUCAAUAAUUUAAUAAAACUUUUGAUAUUUUACAAUGUUAUGUUUAAAAUUAAGUGCCUAAAUGUUUUGAGAAUAGUUUUAUAGUGUUAGUGAUUUAUAUUAAAUGCUUUAGAGAUGUCGAAGAACAAAAUAGCGGCUCGUGUUGACAGUCAAACUGUGGAAGUCAAAACUAAAUUUGAUGCAGAAUUCAGAAGAUUUUCGCUCAAUCGUACUGAGAAGCUCAAGUAUGAAGAUUUCAAGGCGUUGAUAGAGAAAUUGCACAGGCUCCAUGAUGUGGCCUUCCUCAUAUCCUAUACGGAUCCUAGAGACGGAGACCUGUUGCCAAUUAACAAUGAUGACAAUCUGGCUAGAGCACUGCUUACCGCCCGACCGCUACUCAGAGUUAUUAUACAGAGGAAAGGAGAUAGUUUGGAAGAAUUGAACGGGUAUGGGACGAUGCGGCCUAGGAACAUUAUAUCCUCGAUACUGAGCGGUACACCAGCCAAGAACAAGGGCCUUGCUAUAUCGAACCCCCAUGAUUUUAGAAUGGUAUCGGCAAUUAUCGACGUAGAUAUAGUUCCCGAAACGUGCAGGCGAGUCAAACUCCUCAAGCACGGGUCAGAUCGACCGCUAGGAUUCUUUAUCAGGGACGGCACCUCAGUCCGGGUAACUCCAAACGGCGUCGAACGUUCCCCUGGUAUCUUCAUAUCCCGUCUGGUGCCCGGAGGUCUGGCGGAGUCCACCGGACUGUUGGGUGUCAACGAUGAAGUCCUGGAAGUGAACGGCAUCGACGUAUCGAAUAAGACGCUAGAUCAGGUGACGGACAUGAUGGUAGCGAACUCCUCGAACCUGAUCAUCACAGUGCGGCCCGCCAACCAGCGCGCCGGCCCUCCGCCUCCCGCCGAGACCCUCUCCCGACACUCACAGCCAUCCAGUGAGCCGGAUGAAGACAGAUUCGAUCAAGACGAACAAGACGAGAUCGUGGACCUAACGGCCGUGACUCUAGAGGAGGCAGACCCGGCCCCGUUCGUCACGUCCAAGGACGACGGACAAGUGCUUCACCUCUAGUACAUAAUCACGCGGUACCGCCUCGCGAAGGAACGAUACAGUUGAUACAGUGUAUAAUGGUGCGAAAUUUUUAUAGUGAGAAUGUGGUCACGUGGUGUAGUGAGAUAAUGGCAAAAAGUGGCAGUCUCAACUCCAAACUUUGGCAGUCUGUGGCAAGUAAAAUUUUUACCAUAUUGAUUAUCGACGUCCAUACCUAUUGCAAUUUGUUAAUGUCAAAAAUAUCGUUUGUUUUUAUUACUUACUAGCUACUCUUGCGCGGUUUCACCCGCUGCUCGGCUUCAUUUAAUCGUAGCAUGAUGCCUAUAGCACUCAAAAACAUUGUAGCUAUGUAUCAGUGAAAAAAUUUUGGCAAUCCGACCAGCGGUUCUAAAGAUUACCACCUGCAUAAAAACUUACUAACUUAAAAAUUUUACCUCUUUAUAAUAUUAGUAUAGACAUACUUGCUUUAAUUUGAAUUUUGAACGCGACCGAAAAACUUU